AUGCCCAUAUUGCCCGGUGAGGAAGUGUUAGUUGGUGAAAAUUAUCAAGUACGGGGAAGGCGAGGUUGCUGGCGUCGUGCUACCGUGCUGGACAAGCGACGUGGAGAAAAUGGACGUGUUGAGCUGUACGUGCAUUUUGAUGGAGAUGACAGACGACUUGAUCAUUGGUUGGAUUCAAGCAGAUUGAAGUUUCGCAAUAAAAUAAACAAGCGAAUCGCACCGGUUUAUGAAAUGAGAGAGAAGCGGAUGCGAAAAGCGAAAGAAAACUCUCCAAAUAAUGCCAGCCUGGAUUAUACGGAAGUUUUAGAAGAGCAGCAUAUAGAGGUAACAAAAGUCAAAUAUAUCGAAGUGGUGCGAUAUGGUGAAUUUGAAAUGGAUACUUGGUACGUUUCACCAUAUCCUGAUGAAUAUGGAAGAGAAAGAUAUCUAUUCAUUUGUGACAAAUGUUUUCUGUAUAUGCGACAAGAGAGGGCUUUCAAAAUGCAUUUGAGUACAUGUAAUGUAAAGCAUCCUCCUGGAAGAGAAAUAUAUGUGGAUACUGAUGAAAAAAUUGCCGUGUAUGAGGUUGAUGGAGAAAAAGAAAAGUUAUUUUGCCAGUGCUUAUGUUUAUUUGCGAAGUUGUUCAUGGAUCAUAAAACCAUAUAUUUUGAUGUUACUGCUUUUCUAUUCUACGUGAGUACAUGUAAUGUAAAGCAUCCUCCUGGAAGAGAAAUAUAUGUGGAUACUGAUGAAAAAAUUGCCGUGUAUGAGGUUGAUGGAGAAAAAGAAAAGUUAUUUUGCCAGUGCUUAUGUCUAUUUGCGAAGUUGUUCAUGGAUCAUAAAACCAUAUAUUUUGAUGUUACUGCUUUUCUAUUCUACGUGGUUUGCCAACUUAGAGACUCAGGUAAGAGGUAA